AAUCAUAAUAAUUCACACAUCACUUUCAUUAUUCUUCAAAAGCAAAAAUAUUCGCAACGCCCAGUCUCAGGGCGCACGCCUCUUCACAAUCAAGAAAAAUCCACAAGCUCCCUUCACUCACAAGCUCCCUUCACUCACAAGCUAUACAAACAGAGACCCAUUUCAAGAAAGUUUAACAAAUACCAAAUCUUCACUUACUACUUUCACCAUCCAUCACCAGAUGAUCAUCACUACUUCUCUUUCCAGUGUCCUUUCAUUGCUAUAACCAUGAAGAUCAUUUAUUCACUUUUCUUUCUGACUAUCUAUCUUGCUGGAAUUUGCUUCACUGAAUCAAAGUACAUAGAUUACAACACCACAGGAAGAGUUGUUCCUGGAAAAAUCAAUGUUCAUUUGGUUCCUCACUCUCACGAUGAUGUUGGCUGGUUAAAGACUGUUGACCAGUACUAUUUUGGUGGCAAUAAUACAAUUCGGGGGGCAUGCGUACAGAAUGUCUUGGACUCUGUUAUAUCUUCUUUAUUCGAGGAUAAGAAUCGCAAGUUCAUCUAUGUUGAGAUGGCAUUCUUUCAGAGAUGGUGGAGACAGCAAAGUGAUGCAAUGAAGGUUAAAGUCAAGGAGCUUGUCAAUUCUGGUCAACUGGAAUUCAUAAAUGGUGGCAUGUGUAUGCAUGAUGAGGCAACUCCGCAUUACAUUGAUCUGAUUGAUCAGACAACUCUAGGCCAUAAAUUUAUCAAAGAUGAGUUUGGUCAGCUUCCUAGAGUUGGUUGGCAGAUUGACCCUUUUGGACAUUCUGCUGUUCAAGCUUAUUUGCUUGGUUCUGAGUUAGGAUUUGAUUCCCUCUUUUUUGCUCGGAUUGAUUACCAAGAUAGAGCUAAGAGAUUAAAGGAGAAGACCCUUGAGGUUAUCUGGCAGGGUUCGACGUCUCUUGGUUCAAGUUCACAGAUAUUUACUGGCAUAUUUCCUAGGCAUUAUGAUCCGCCUGAUGGUUUCACAUUUGAAGUAAAUGACGUAUCUCCGCCUAUUCAGGAUGAUGUUCUCCUAUUUGACUAUAAUGUUCAAGAGAGAGUCAAUGACUUUGUAGCUGCUGCUUUAGCUCAGGCUAAUGUAACCAGGACAAAUCAUGUAAUGUGGCUGAUGGGGACAGAUUUUCGCUAUCAAUAUGCAAAUUCAUGGUUCAGGCAGAUAGACAAGUUCAUUCACUAUGUUAAUGAGGAUGGUCGUGUAAAUGCUUUAUAUUCAACCCCAUCCAUUUAUACUGAUGCAAAAUAUGCAGCAGAUGAACAAUGGCCUAUCAAAACUGAAGAUUUCUUCCCGUAUGCAGAUCAUCCAAAUGCAUAUUGGACAGGUUAUUUUACAAGCAGGCCAGCCUUUAAAGGUUACGUCAGAAUAAUGAGUGGUUACUACCUUGCGGCAAGGCAACUUGAAUUCUUCAAGGGCAGGAGUAGUUUGGGACCAAAGAUUGACAAACUUGCUGAUGCUUUGGCAAUUGCUCAGCAUCAUGAUGCAGUUAGUGGUACACAAAGGCAGCAUGUUGCUGCUGAUUAUGCUUUGCGAUUAUCAAUUGGCCAUAUUGAGGCUGAGAAGUUAGUUGCUUCUUCUCUUGCUUUCUUGUCAGAGUCAAGCCUUAGACAGGAGAACGUUGUCACGAACUUUCAGCAGUGCCCUCUACUAAAUUUAAGUUACUGUCCUCCGUCAGAAGCCAGUUUAUCUGAAGAGAAAAGCUUGGUUGUUGUUGCAUACAAUUCCCUAGGAUGGAAGCGAGAGGAAGUGAUACGAAUUCCAGUUUCAACUGAAAAAGUUGUCGUAAAAGAUUCUACCGGGAGAGAAAUUGAAUCUCAGCUUCUACCUAUAUCAAAUGCAACGUUGCGCAUGAGAAACAAAUUUGUUAAAGUUUAUUUGGGUAAAUUCCCAAGUGAACAACUCAAGUAUUGGCUUGCCUUUUCAGUAUCCUUACCACCCCUUGGUUUCAGCACCUACAUGGUUUCAAGUUCAGAAGGGACAGAGCCUAGUUCAACCAUCUCUACGGUAUACACCUUGGAGGAGAGUACAAGUGGGACCAUAGAAGUUGGCCAAGGAAGUCUGAGGCUGCUUUACUCUGCAAAUGCAGGGAAACUUACUCAUUAUCUCAAUAACAGAAUGUUGGUUACCACUGCUGUUGAACAAUCAUAUGGUUAUUACAGUGGAAAUGAUGGCACUGAUACAGAUCCACAGGCAUCUGGGGCAUAUGUUUUCCGUCCAAAUGGUACAUUCUCAAUAAAGUCUGAAUACCAGGUUCCUUUAACAUUUGUAAGGGGAAAUCUAUUAGAUGAAGUACAUCAGCAGCUGAACCCGUGGAUAUCUCAGAUUAACAGGGUCUACAAGGGGAAGGAACACGCCGAAGUUGAAUUCACUAUUGGGCCUAUACCUGUGGAUGAUGGGAUUGGAAAAGAAAUCACAACACAGAUUACAACCACCAUGGCGACCAAUAAAACAUUUUAUACAGACUCUAAUGGACGUGACUUUAUUAAACGGGUUCGGGAUUUCAGGACCGAUUGGGACGUCGAAGUGAAUCAACCAAUUGCUGGAAAUUACUACCCUAUCAAUCUUGGAAUUUAUGUGCAAGACAGCACCACAGAACUCUCAGUGUUGGUGGAUCGUGCAGUAGGAGGAUCUAGUUUAGUGGAUGGCCAAAUAGAACUGAUGCUCCAUAGGAGGUUGAUUCAUGAUGAUAAAAGAGGUGUUGGCGAGGUGCUAAAUGAGACAGUUUGUUUCUCAAAUGGAUGCGAGGGUUUAACUAUCCAAGGUAGGUAUUUUGUUAGAAUUGAUCCUCUGGGAGAAGGUGCCAAGUGGCGUCGGACAGUUGGACAAGAGAUAUAUUCUCCAAUUCUGUUGGCUUUUGCAGAGCAGGAUGGAAGUAAUUGGAUGAAUUCCCAUAUACCUACUUUUUCAGGGAUUGAUCCAUCCUACUCUUUGCCUAAUAAUACUGCUCUCUUAACACUUCAGGAACUUGAAAAUGGGAAAGUACUUCUUCGGUUGGCUCACCUAUAUGAGACUGGAGAAGACAAAGACUAUUCAGUGAUGGCAAGUGUGGAAUUGAAAAAGCUAUUUCCAAACAAGAAGAUUGCUAAAGUUACAGAGUUGAGUUUGUCAGCUAAUCAAGAAAGAGCCGAGAUGGAGAAGAAGAGAUUGGUUUGGAAAGUAGCAGGCUCCCCCGAAGAAGAAAAUAAGGUGGUGAGGGGAGGACCUGUAGAUCCUUCCACAUUAGUUGUGGAACUCGGUCCAAUGGAAAUUCGCACCUUCUCCAUAGAUUUUAACUAUCUCCAAAUGUUCGGUUAGUGAAUGAUAUGAGCAUCUGUGAUUGUAUGCACAAGUCACUUUAGUGAAAAACCACUCUGGCCUUUUGAGCAAGCCGCGAAGCACCACUUCUUUUGGUACCCAAAUGAGUUCGCUGAGAUCCUUAUUGUCUCAUGUUUCAUAGAUCAGCAAUGCAUCAUAACAAAUAGAUAAAAGAGGGUCUGGACUUGUGCAUCACCAACAAUUAAGGUGCUUCAUCUGUGUUGUAAAUUACAGCAUAUGUUCUCUGUGAAGAGAAAAGAAAUAAAUAAUAACAAAAAACGGUUGACCUGGAAAAA